AGCAAGCCAUGAGAUUUCAGAAAAAAUAUUUUCAAUAUUGGACAACCUGAAUAUUGUGAUUUCUCGUCGCUUUGAACGGUAAAUCGGAGAGAAAAACGUGUUGUCGGACCAGGAGCCGGAGACUCAUCACAUGAUGGAUGACCCAAGAAGCCGGACAAUCUUCAAGGCCUGUGAGCAGGGUUCAUUGGCAGAGCUGAAGAAAGUGAUCGCUGCAGGACAAGAAGUUGAUGCAAAGAAUAUGACCGGUUACCGGUCAACUCAUUUGGCUGCAAAGAAUGGUCACGCUGAAUGCCUGGAGUAUUUGUUAGACUUGCCAGGAGUCGAUCCUAACUGGAUGUCAUUUCAGGACGAGACACCCUUAAUGCUCGCUUCAAUUCCUGGACAUACAGAAUGCUUGCAUAUUCUUCUGAAGAAAAGAGCCGAUCCGAACAUCUGUAAUUAUAUGAUGGAAUCGCCGCUACUAAAAGCUGUCCAAAAUGGUCAUUUGUGUGGCGUGGAGUUGUUGCUUCGGAACGGUGCUGACCCAAAUAAAGGACAAUUUAGCGGUUGCACUCCUCUGCAUAGCGCAGUUUAUGGACAAAACUUAACUCUGUUAAAAGUGUUACUAGAAAAUGGGGCAGAUGUCGGGAGGACUGAGGAGUGUAACUUAACGCCUAUCUUCAUUGCGUCUCAGUUUGGAUUCUUGGAUUGCUUGAGCGUACUUGUCGAGGAAGCUGAGAAACAAAAUCAAAAGGAUCUUGUGAAUAUGUCUGCAGAGGAUGGGGCGACACCGCUCUAUCUUGCUGCUCAGAAUGGGCAUGUAGAAUGCGUUGACUUGUUGUUGAGGGCUGGGGCAGAUCCCGACAAGGUUGCUAACUGUCCGCGUGCCGUGGCGCUCUAUGCAGCAAUACAAUUCAAUCGCAUUGAGUGUGUUCAGUUGCUACUGCCAAAAACUGACUGUAAAGUGUAUGCGAGUUGCGAUGCAACGCCGUUUGAAAUUGCUGCCAGCAUUGGAGACAGAAACAGCUCUGGGGAGAUUCUGCAAUAUCUUGUGGAUAAUAUUCAAAAUUAUCAUAUAGACACGCUGCAUUAUAUGGACUUAGAUUCAUUCGUGUACCGUUUAUUCCCAAGUGCUUAUUACAGGGUAAACUCUAUGACUGCCACGUCACUGACCUCAAUGAUAAUCAGUGGUUGUCAUCCGGGGUUAAUCAGCAUCAUGUUAAAAGCUGGCGCACUGCCAGAUUGCUCGAAGUCCAUAGCGUCAGCAAGGAUGCUGAAUGCUGGAGCGACACCAGACUCCUUUCCUGUGCGUCACCUACUCUCGAACACUCUUCCUCCAAUCAUUGCCGACUGUGAAAAUGACAAGACUGAAAUUCUGGAGCUUCUACUCAAACAUGGCGCCAACCCAAAUAUAUACUCUCCUACGGUUGAAUACAAUCUCUCCAUAUUAUUCUCGUUAUUAUCAAGCAAGAAGUUAGGUUUACUGUUACGGAGUGGUGUAGAGACAACGUCAUGUUUUCAUUCUCUCAACCACAGUUCAGUGACAUCACGUGAACAAUAUUCUGGAUUCUUCAGCUCGAAGAGUACAUUCGGGGACACGUAUGUGAUACCUGAAUCAUUCACAAAAGUGCUGCAACAUUUCAGGGAAUUUUAUUCACAGGUUACAAGGUUAAUGAGAAUUGACGUCCUCAUCAAACUAUUACUAGAAUUUACUACAAGUCCUGGAUAUCGAUCAGAUAUAGUGGACCUGGUGAAUCCCGGCACGGACAAAAACGAUAUUGUCCAAAUCAUGUCCAACCCCAGCUCUCUCGUUCAUUCGUGUCGAGUGAAGAUCAGAGAGUGUCUGACGUUUAGAAAUCUUCGCCGUGAGAUACUAGUUUCUCUCCUGAAUCUUCCGACUGUAGUCUGUGAUUUUAUCCUCUAUGCCGGAGACUUUGAUACGGUAACUGAUCUAGUCAAUGCGGAGCCAAGACUUGAUGCAUUCAUGUAGUCACGGCUUAAAAACAAUGGCUAUCAGCUGGGUUUUGGUCCGAAUCUUUCACCCGUUAGUCCAAACUAUUCAAGUGCACUUUACUUUGACAGUAAAUUUCGCAUACCAUACAUAUUGGGCUCACCUGGACCAGGAUUAUUUCUCUGUUAUAAACAAACUCUCUCAUUUGUCAGUCCAAAGGGUGUCCUUUAUGGAGAGGUUCUACUGUAGUUAUGUACA